AUGAGAGGGCAAGUACUGCUGUUUUUGUCGGUCCUCUCUCUCAGCUCGGCGCUUGGGCAGGUCAGCUAUUCCAUUCCUGAGGAAAUGCCCAAAGGCUCUCUCGUUGGAAAUAUGGCAAAAGAUUUCGGGUUGGAUAUUAAAAGACUUAAAUUCGGCAAAGCUCGCAUAUUUACUCGAGACAGUGACAAAUAUAUUGAGCUGAAUAACGAAAGAGGAGUCCUCCUAAUCAAAAAUAGGAUAGACAGAGAGGCGCUGUGUGGUCAAACGACGCCUUGCGCUUUGCAUUUUCAGAUUAUAUUAGAGAAUCCGAUGGAAUUUUACAGUGUAACUAUCGAAAUCACAGAUGUUAAUGACAACCCUCCAUCAUUUGAAAAGAACGACGUCAGAUUUAAAAUUAGUGAAUCCGCUGUCAGCGGUGCUAAAUUCAUAUUAGACCGUGCCGUUGAUCCUGAUGUUGGUUCAAAUGGUCUGCAAACAUAUAGACUCGAGCCGAGGGAUAAUUUCGUUAUUAAACUCCACGAUCAAGCAGAUGGAACGAAAAAUGUUGAAAUGGUUUUAGAGAAACCUCUCGACAGAGAGAAGCAUGAGCACUUGUCUUUGGUUCUGACGGCGGUGGAUGGAGGGGAUCCGCAGAUGACAGGAACAAUGCAGAUUCUCAUCACUGUUUUAGACGUUAAUGAUAACGCUCCAGUCUUUACACAGCCAAUUUAUAAAGCCUCGAUAAAAGAAAAUUCUCCAGUCGGUACAGCUGUUGUUACAGUUACUGCAACAGAUGCAGAUCAUGGAAGUAAUGGUAGAAUAACGUAUUCUAUUUCAAGUAUAUCAGAUCAAGCCCGUGGGUUAUUUCAAGUAAAUGAUGAAAGUGGUGAAAUUCGACUGAAAGGAAAUGUUGAUUAUGAAAAGGCUCGAACAUUUCAGAUAAACGUUCGAGCCAGUGAUGAUGGAGGACUGGUUGAUUCAUGUAAAGUGAUGAUUGACGUCACUGACGUGAAUGACAAUAGACCCGAUAUUCAAAUUAUAUCUAAAUCAAACGUGAUAUCAGAAGAUGCCAAACCCGGUACUGUUGUGACGAUGAUAAAUAUUCAGGACUCAGACUCGGGUGAUAAUGGUAAAGUCCAGUGUACGAUCAAUAAUGAUAUUCCUUUUGUUAUUAAGUCAACAACCAAUGAUUUCUAUAGUUUAAUGUCAGACAGUGAAUUAGACCGAGAGAGAUCCUCAGAGUAUAAUAUCACAGUGACCUGCUCUGAUGAAGGAGUGCCCUCCCUCUCCAGCGGCGUCACUCUCACCUUACAGAUCUCUGACGUGAAUGAUAACGUGCCUGUCUUUGAGAGGAGCUCAUAUGAGGCUUACAUUGUAGAGAACAACACACCAGGUCUCUCUAUAUUCACAGUGAAAGCCAGAGACGCUGACUGGAACAAUGCGCGCAUUUCCUAUUUCCUUGAGGAUAGCCAACUGAAUGGGAUGUCAGCCUCGGCUUAUUUUUCAGUGAAUGCAGAGAGUGGAGAGAUACUUGCUGUGCGUUCCUUCGACUAUGAGCAAACGAAAGAUUUCCGUAUCCAAGUCAAAGCUCAGGAUGGAGGCUCUCCUCCACUCAGUAGUAACGUGACUGUGAAAAUACUGAUCCAGGACCAGAACGACAACCCCCCUCAGAACCCCAACAGAAACCUGCAGAUUCAGCUCAACACUGAUGGACCCAUAAAGUACGUGGAGGUCCUGGGAGGAGACAUGUUGUCUCAGAGUCAGUCCUUCAGGUCCUGUAUGUCUCCAAUGUCAGAGUACAGUGAUUUCACUUUGAUUAAGCCCAGCAGCACCACUGACUUUAAGGAGGUGAUCAGUGUCCUCGAUGCGUCUUUACCGGACAGCACCUGGACCUUUGAGAGCCAGCAGGUGAGCAGAUGA